AUGUUGGCAAUGGUAAAUAGAAUUUUGGAUUGGAUCCGUUCUUUAUUUUGGAAAGAGGAAAUGGAAUUGACAUUAGUUGGAUUACAAUAUUCAGGAAAAACAACAUUUGUCAAUGUUAUUGCUAGAGAUCAAUUUUCUGAAGAUAUGAUACCAACUGUUGGUUUCAAUAUGCGCAAAAUUACUAAAGGAAAUGUCACAAUAAAGUUGUGGGAUAUCGGUGGACAACCAAGAUUUCGAUCAAUGUGGGAACGUUAUUGUAGGGGUGUUAAUGCUAUCGUUUUCCUUGUUGAUGCUGCUGACGAAGAAAAAAUGGAAGCUGCAAAAAAUGAAUUAAUGCAGUUAUUGGAACGCCCACAAUUAGAUGGUAUUCCCGUUCUUGUAUUGGGAAAUAAGCGUGAUCUUCCCGGUGCUUUAGAUGAACAACAACUUAUUGAUAAAAUGAAUUUAUCAACAAUUCAAAAUAGAGAAAUUUGUUGUUACUCAAUUUCUUGCAAGGAUAAAACAAAUAUAGACAUUACACUUCAGUGGCUUAUUCAACACUCCAAUAAAUCACCAAACAAAUAA